UAUUACAUUUAUUGAGUCAUAGAAAUUAAAUGAGUAAAGAACUACUGAUAUCACCUGGAGAGAUACUCGAUGUUACCAGCCCACCAAAUGACAGUGAUUUUAAAGAAUCUGACAGAUCAUCGCCAAAGAAGCAGUCAAAAGAACCAUCUAAAGGAGAUGGAAAUUCAAAAAAUAGAUCAAAAUUAGAAGAUUCAAUCAAUCUGUCUCAUUUAGAAAAACUGAAACAAAAGUUCAAGGAACAUGACCAAGAUGACAGUAAUGGUUUAGACAUUGAUGAAUUCGAGCAAGCUUUUCGAGCCAUUUUGACUCAAAACAAUAGUCUCAGUGAAGAAGAAAUGAAGGUCAUGUUCAUGAAAAUUGACACUAAUUGUGAUGGGACAGUAGACUGGGAUGAAUUUUGCACAUACAUGCUACUGGAGUACAAAGAGCGACAGGAUAUGAACUACGUCAACGAGACUCCCUUUCCUAACCCCUUCAGAUUCGUGUCAAACCCUCAUCGAGACACCAUCAUGGGUAUAGGAUUCAUGCAAGCACUAAACAGACAAAGAGCUGACGAGGAUGGACCUGUAACUUACAGUAAUACCAACGGAAGAUUCGUAACAGUAGACAUUAGCGGUACUAUGGGCCUUUGGAACACGGAUAUGCAGCUGCAGAAAUCAGUGUUGCUAGAUGAAGUGAAGAGUGGUAGAGGAAAGAAAGGAAAGUGGAUACUAGCUCUGGAAUGUAUGUCAAACACAUCUAAAAUUGUAGUUUCCACCACGAACAGAGAGCUAUGUUUCUACGACUUAUCAGCGGGGAACUACGACCUCUGUUUUGUGGUUCCAGGAUUUGAGAACGCUAUUACAAGUUUACACUACUGGUUUAACCCACAGAACCACAAUGAGGCUGUGCUGGUGUUCGGCGAUUCUCACGGUCAAAUAGGGCGGCUGAUUUUCUCGUCACUUCAACAAGGAUUGUUCGGGGCGGACACUAUAAAAAAGUCUAAUAUCACCAGGAGGAUUCUUAUGCACGAUAUAUACAUGGGGAGGAUUGACGGUGUUAAACUAAAUGUCCAGAGCAUACACAAAGAUUGGGCUAAGAAAGUUAUGUUUGUCCCCAACUACGACGCCUUCAUUUCAUGUUCCAUGGACCAGGAAACUUCACUUUAUUUCGGUAACAUCAACCAUGUCGGAGAAAGAAAGGCUGGAUCAGUGUUUUCUGUUUACAAAGGUGUAAACGCUUUUGACUUUUCCAAAGAUUACAUAGUCUCUGGUGGUCUGGAUACUGUAAUAAGAGUCUGGCAUUACUCCAUGAUCAACAAACCCACCGCUAUGAUGAAGGGUCACUCAGCAGCAGUGGAGCACGUGAUAGUAUCCGAGCUAACAAACUCCAUCAUCUCCGUCUCCAAGGACACAGUGAUAAAAGUGUGGGAUCUCAAGGAUCACGUGUGUCUACAGACGCUGAGUAAGCUCACAUUCGGUGUUCACCCUGUCACAUCAGCUUACUUCCACUCAGUUCACCACACGCUUGUUAUAGGGUCUAAGAAUUUUAAUUUGGGAGUAUUGGAGAGGACAAUAAAGUCGCUAGUACACAACGUGAAUAUAAAGAGUCACCAGAAAUCUGUCAGAGCUGCCCUCUACAAUCACAACUUUAACCAGGUGGUCAGUACCUCGUACGACUCAAUGGUUUGUGUGUGGGACCUGGAGACUGGGGAGAAGGUUAUACAGUUUUCACAUUGUCAUGGCACCAACGAGAUUACAGCCAUGACCUUUGACCCUACACAUAGACGGCUCCUCACUGCUGGUAAAGACGGCACCAUUAAGAUCUGGAUUAACAAUGGAGCCUUGUUGGACGAGUUACAGAACGUUCAUCAAGAGGAGAUAACAGAUAUUGUGUGCUGCAAAAACACUUUUGUUACCGGCGGCUGGUCCAAACAAAUCGUUGUUUAUUCGGAUACCAGAGGUGAUGAGGAACCGGAGGAGAAUCCACCCAGAGUAUUCUCUGAUAAUCAUCAUACAGAAGACAUUCUAUCUGUAUCUGCCUACAGGACCGACACUAUUGCAUACUCGAUGUACGACGGUUCAAUAAUAGUGAGGAAUGCAGGAUGUGAUAUCAUUCUCUGCAGACUCACCGCUGCUAAAUGUACCCCUGAAGGAGACGGACACUGUUCAGUGUACUAUUCCCCCAUGGCUAACACUUUUCCUGCUAACAACACUUCUCUAGAAGAACUGAAGGACUCUGUUCCUACCCUUCCUUCUAUCAAUAUGUCUUCCAGGAGAAUCAGCCACAUCAAACAGAAGAGGCGGUGCUCCAGUAUAAACGCGGGUGUAAAAGCAUUGCGAGUAAACCUCUCUGACGAUGGCACACAGCACUUUAGUAAACAAAGUUUUGAGAAGAAACAGUUCGACUGCUCUGUCGACAAACUCUGCUUCUUAGAUGCACGCCCAACAUCCUACAACACUGCUACAUUGAUAUCAGCCCACAGUUACGGUAUCAUUAGAGCCUGGUCCUGCCGAGGCGGCGGAAUGUUAGGACAGUUCCCUGUGAUUCAGGGAGGGACAGCUAACGACAGCAUCCACGCUAUAACAACAGACUCUAGAACAGUGUACGACAUAUCAAAAUGGUGUGUAGCCGUGCCACGUGCAAAGCGGUACACAACAAACGCCAUGCACAGACAGCCUGCUGUGUUCUUCAGCGAGCCUCCCAAAUCUGCUAAAUUCCACUGUCAUCUCAGUACGAUAACAAAUGUGGAGCUGGUGCCUGUAAAGAACCUCAUUAUUACCAGUAGUACUGACUGUUCUAUUAGAGUCUGGACUCUUAAUGGUACUUAUAUCGGAACGUUUGGGCAAAGCAAGGAGUGGAAGCUAAGACCUACGAGCGCUGACCCCUUUAUUUUACCUGACGAUGUUAGGUCUCUGCUUACAGAAGAUCAGAUCAACAAGUUUAAGAGGAGAAAAAGAAAGUUCAACCCUUGGAAGAGUGUGAAAGCCAUCAUGGCAUUCACGAAAAAUGCUUAUCACCCUAACGACAAUAUCGACCGACAACUUGAAGAAGAUGAGGCUUUCAAAAUAGCAAAGGACUGUGAUAAAAGUUACAUUCUUGGUAAAGCUUACCAUAGGACAACGAGACCUAGGCAACCUAUGAGAACAGUUUCGGUGGGCCAAGAGUGUGGUAGUAUCCUGGCUUACUCCCAAUUAGACAACAAGCACAUGACACGUGACCCGGUUAUACCCUACCCACCCAAUCAUAUGAAGGUCAUGGGCAAAGAAGGACUGCCCAGAUUUAACGCCCAAUCCCUCGAGUUGAUAGCGGAAGAGCAACAGAGGCUAGCUAACAAAUAUCUGCGUAAAGAUGACGAGAGUGAAGCAGAUAGAGAUGUGGAUGAGUUCAUUCCCAGAAGUAAGAAGUUUAACGAGAAGAACCUCCUUCCUCACGUGUCGAUGAAUCUAUUACGUCGGGCAGCUUCUGAACAAGCAACCGCAGACAUGCUCCUUCGUAACAUACUGACUGUCAAGAAAGUAGCCAAGAAGUUCACAAAACGGAACGCUGCUCUUCACUCUGGGAAUGAAUAAUUAGACCCACUCUGCAGUGCACUGGUUGCAAGCAAAGUAUGAAAUGAAAUGAAAUGAAAUAAUAUAAUGUGCUUAUAUCCCGCCCAUAUGGUUAGCAGCCGACACAAGUGCCAGCUACUAACCAUGUCAGAGCAUGGUUUGCCUUCUGUUUCAUUUCCAAUACCAGCAGAUGGUGUUUGGUUUGCUCCUCAGGUGACCGAUCCGGAGAAAUGAAAACUUUUUUGUGGUGCUGACUCAGUUUCAGUUUAUUCGAUUUCAAUAAUAUCUCGUGGACAUUGUUGGUAUUUGAGACCGAUAUUUUGACAGGUCUGGUCUUGUCGGCUAAUCUCCUUCCAAUCCUGACAGCUUCAUAGCGUGGUUUUACUUCGAUUUGUUCAAACAGUUCGUACAAAAAUUAAUAGACAAUAAGCUUAACUAAUACUGUUAGCAUCGUAUAUUAUAAGAGUGGUGGGAGAACCCGAGAACCGCUUGCUAGUGCUACAGACACAGUAUAUGGGUUUUACUUACACUUUUAGCGCGAGCUGAAAUUGUCAAUAAUAAAGCUCCAUAAUUUCGUGAACCUGUCUUCUAUUGAAAUACAAUUUUCUUUUCAUUUACAACUAACGCGCAUGAAAAUUCAGAUACAGUCGAACCUCUAAAAUAAUAUACCUCUAGAUACCAAGAUACCGUGCCUCUCUAUGCCGGAUACCGAGCCUUUUUGUUAUUUAGUUUGUUUUUGUGCAAGAAAUAUAAUUUAUUAAAGCUCAUAUCGCAUUUGGUGUUGAUUGAAGUACAUGUCUAGCUGUAUUGCAUUAAAAUACGACACAAUACAUGCAUAUAAGGCCAUAAUAGUACUUAUACCGGGGAUUGCAAUAAUACAAACCUCUAUUUACCGGACAGUUGAUACCGAUUUUUUCAAUACCAUGCACUUUUCGUUUCCCCUGAGAGGCCUGGUAUAGAGAGGUUUGACUGUUACUGUAAUACUUUAACUCUUUUUAGUUUCAAGUUAAAUAUUAAAUAUCAUAUGGAGUUAAUGCAAUGAGAUGAUAAUUUUAAAUUAUAAUAUUUGUGUUUUCC